AUGAUUAAGCAUCCAUUUCAGAAAUUGUUGACCGACAAGGCUGGCAAAUUCUUGUUUGCGUCAGUGAAAAACUGCAUUCAUGUUUUUCGUCUCACCGAUGGAGCCCUCAUAGGCUGUUGGGAAGAUGAGAUCAGAUUGCAAGAUGUUCAGGAAAAAAAGUUCAAGACCCAAGAACAACCCAACAAAAGGAGCAAAACCAAUAACAAGGAACCCAAAGUGCCGGUACCAGGUCCUGGAGCACCACCAAUUUACAACUAUAUUAGGUCAUUGACGUUAUCUCGAGAUGAACAAUACGUUAUUGGUACAACAGACAGCGACAAGGCAGCAGUCAUCUUCAAGAUCGAUAUAACACAAGAUAACUGUUUGUCGUUGGUCAAGCGUCAAGUGUUUCCUAAAAGACCCUGUGCUAUAUCCACCACACUCGAUGACUCCCAAUUGAUUGUCGCUGAUAAGUUUGGUGAUGUUUACAGCAUCCCCAUAGAUGCAGAUGAGCCUGUCGAUGAGAAAACUUUGCAACCCAUUAUGGGACACGUCUCGAUGUUGAGUGAUGUACUCGUUGCUCAACGCAAUAAUAGGCAAUAUAUCUUGACUGGUGAUCGCGACGAGCAUAUUAGAGUGACCCACUUUCCAAAAUCAUACGUUGUAAAGCACUGGCUUUUUGGUCACAAGGAGUUCGUGUCCUGCUUACAUAUAUUGAACUUUGAUUCUAACCUUCUUAUAAGUGGUGGUGGCGAUGACUUUCUUAUCUUGUGGAAUUGGCACUCUGCCAAGAGGCUUGCAAGCGUGGACCUUCGUCAGUAUGUUGAAGCUCAUUUGAAUGAGUUCCACCUUCCUCCUGAAAGAUUCAGAAAUAAUGACCUGAAAAAGGAGAUCUCGAUCGCGAAGGCUGAUUCGUUUACAGUUGAUAAUAGAAACUUCUUAGCAGUGUUGUGUGAGCACACAAAUUGCAUAGUAACGUUUAUUAUCAAUGAUGACUUAACAUUUUCGCACAAGCAAACACUUUCUAUUCAUGAUCUUAUUGUCGACUUUACGUUUACAGGUGAGGAGAUUAUUCUUUCGCUAGAUACCGAAAGUGACAGUCAGUUGCUCGAAUCGUAUGGCUUCAAUAGUGAGGGUUUUCUCCACAAAAAAGACAGUGAUAUCAUGCAAAAGAUUACAAGUGCAUCUACAUGUGAUGUCAUCUCUCGUGAUGAAUUCUAUCCCUUGUAUUAUAUAAGCUCCUUGAGAAAAAGAAGCGACCACUAA